AUGGAAGAAGAGAAUAAGGUACAUGCUGAACUGAGUAUCCCCAAAUGUGAGAGCGAAGUGUCUUGUUGUCUCCUCAUACGGCUGGUGGAGAAGAUGAUCGAGUUCGGCUACUCCAAGGAAAUCAGCGUGAGGGUUAUCAAGAAGAGCGGCGCGAAAACGAUUGACGAAGUGCUGAACUGGAUCGAGCAGAGCGAACAGAAUGGAGGUGACGGAGAGGGAGACAGUGGAGAUGCGGCCUCUCCUUCUGAACGUUUAAACGACAAAGACGGAGGAAAGAACCCUUCACACACAACAACCACCGCGGAGAAGGGUGAAGUCAAAGCCAAAAUGACGCCAGAAGAAGCACAGAAGAAGGCAUUGGAACUACAAAAAAAAAUCAGAGAAAAAAAAAUGAUCAAGGAAAAAGAAGAAGAAAUACAAAAAGAAAAAAACAGAAUUUCUAUGGCCAAAGAAAUGCAAAAAAGAAGAGAACAAAUGGAAGAAUUCGAAAGAAAAAAAUACAUUCAAGAUUUGGAGAAAGAAAAAAAUGAACAUAAAAAGGAAAAAGAAAAACAGCUUGAAUUGUUAAGGAAGGAAUAUGAAGCCAAGUUUGGCAUCGCAUACCAAGUACAGAGUGAAAAAAAGAGUAUCAAAGAUUUGACAGAAAAUGAAAAGCGUGAAGAAAUUGCUAUUUUGUUAAACAACUUAAAAAAUAAACACAAGGACAACAAAAAGGAGUUACUUAGCUCGCUAGCCAUUUUGAAAACUUACUUCGCCAACAUCAAGGAUAAUAUUUUGGAGAAGAAAUUUCAGAAAAUUAAAAAGGAGAAUAAGGUGUUCCUCGAAAAGAUCCAAGUGUACGAGGAGAUGCUACAGGUCUUUUUGCUCGUCGGGUUUGAGGACACGGGCGACUUCUACGCAAUUAAGAAUUUCCCAAAUACGUAUCUCAUCGCGUCGGCCAUCAAAUUCAUUGAUUUAAUUAUGAAGACGUUGAGUUCGUAG